AUGGCCAACAAAGACGACAGCAUGGCUGCAGUGUACGCGAGCAAGGCAGCGUUGCGCAAGAGCAUGCUGCGCACGCUGCGGGGCAUCUCCGAGGCUGACCUCGCGAGCCAGUCCCAGGAGGUCACUCGCCUGCUCUUUGAGCAGCCAUUCUUCACCAAGGCCAGCACAGUCGGAUGCUACUUGAACAUGGCCAAGGGGGAACUUCGAACUGACGGUAUCGUCAAGGAGCUGCUCGCUUGUACGUUAGCGGUCGGGAGAAUGCAGUCUGACGACCCAGCGGGGAAGGCUCUGUACACGCCUUACCUCCCGCCCUCCGCUUCUCAGCCCGGCGAACCGACACCCCUCAUGGACAUGCUCCGCCUGUACAACACUCAGGACCUCGAGUCGUGCCCGCUUGACAAGUGGGGUAUCCUUGACCCGGGAACCCAUCGCCGUGACGUCGAAAACCAGCCCCGCGAGGACGUUAUGGAUCCAUCGGCGCCGCCACUGGACGUCAUCCUUGUUCCAGGUGUCGCCUUUGACGCCCAGUGCAAUCGACUCGGCCGCGGCAAGGCGUUUUACGACACCUUCCUCGCCAAGUACUCCGCAGCACGGACGCGUCCAUUGCUCGUCGCGCUCGCUCUCGCACCACAGGUUAUCGACGAGGACGUCCCUGUCACAGACUCGGAUUUCACCCUCGAUGCGGUCUUGUCGCCAGCCGGACUGGUGUGGCGCGAAGGAGCAAAGCCAAAGUAG